AUGGAGAAGCACAGUUGUACAACAUGCGGACAAUGCUUCCCCAAUUGGAGAUCUCUUAGAGGUCACAUGAGAUCUCAUGUUGUGCUGAGCCCUCCCAUGAAGGAUGAAGACAAGUCGUUGAGCGAACAUGGCCUUAUAAUCAAUCCAAAGAAGUCGCAGCGGUUUGAGAUGGAGCGACUGGAGAAUUUUAAGGAUAAGAACCGUGUCAAGCUAGAGAAGGAUUCCUCUUCAUUGAAUGCAUCGUUUCAGAUAACCAGGGAAGAGCUCAUUCAUGGGGACAACGAUGAUGAUUUAAGGAGCAGGGGAACUUACAAAUCGAAUGAAAUGUUGGGCCAACCUUAUGGUAAGUUGAGUAUAUUUUCAAUGCCGCCGAAGAAGAAGAAGAAGACGGGGAGUGCACCAAAGGUUGCAAAUGUGUCUAUUUCUCUUACAAUUGGAUUUGGAAAUAAAGUUCAUUCUUUUCCUUCUGAGGAUGAAGGUCAACAGUCCAAAAAGCCAAAGAGUUUUUGCAACAGAAAAAUGUAUGUCUGCAAAAUCUGCAACAAGCGCUUUGAUUCAUAUCAAGCUCUUGGCGGCCACCGCACAGGACACAAUAAACAAGAAUUUCCAUCUGGGCAAGCUCUAGGCGGCCACAUAAGAUCACAUUCUAUUGCAGCAGAUAAUUCUGACGUUGUUGUUGUCGUUUCUAGUGCUCAAAGUGCUUGUCCUCAUCCUCAUCCACCCCCAAUGGAGAUGGAUAAUGACUGUUAG